ACACUGAUCCUAAGCUUUCAUCUCGGACGUCCCUCCAAGGGGAUUUAACCAGGAUCCCGAGUGCAAGCCGCCUCCCGCCCACGGAGACGCCCCCCCGGGGCGAGGCUCAAGGGCCCCGGUCGGCGGCAGGCGGGGCUGGGCGGAGCCACAGCCCGUUCGGGGGUUCCCCCCAGCUCGCCUCAGCCCGAAGCUCCUGCCCUCGGGGCCACUGCCCCGCGAGUCCGCAGAGAAGCGGCAGGCGGGCGAUGGAGACCUGGAGACGCUCGGCGAGAGGAGGCGGGGUGGGGGAGGCGGGGAGAGCGCGCGGGCGGAGGCUGGCAGGGGGCGCUGGAGGAAGGAGCCGCCCGUGCGCUCCCCGCGCCCGAGGGUGCAGGAGGCUCUGAAGCCGCCGCAGCACCGCGAGCCUCCGGGGCACGGGCGGCGGCGAGGCUGGGGGGUGGGGGGCGCUGCCGCGGCCGGGGGCGUCGCGGGCCUCGGCCCCUUUGUUCUCGCGCGCUCCCCCUCGCCGCCCACUCCCCUGCUGUCGCGCGGGGGCGGGGGGAGCGCGCCAGCCGCCGGGAGUGGGGGGCGAUGGCGAAGCUCCGGGUGGCUUACGAGUACACGGAAGCCGAGGACAAGAGCAUCCGGCUCGGCUUGUUUCUCAUCAUCUCUGGCGUCGUGUCGCUUUUCAUCUUCGGCUUCUGCUGGCUCAGUCCCGCGCUGCAGGAUCUGCAAGCCACGGCGGCCAACUGCACGGUGCUGUCGGUGCAGCAGAUCGGCGAGGUGUUCGAGUGCACCUUCACCUGUGGCGCCGACUGUAGGGGCACCUCGCAGUACCCCUGCGUCCAGGUCUACGUGAACAACUCCGAGUCCAACUCCAGGGCGCUGCUGCACAGCGACGAGCACCAGCUCCUGACAAACCCUAAGUGCUCCUAUAUCCCUCCCUGUAAGAGAGAAAAUCAGAAGAACUUGGAAAGUGUCAUGAAUUGGCAACAGUACUGGAAAGAUGAGAUUGGUUCCCAGCCAUUUACUUGCUAUUUUAAUCAAUUUCAAAGACCAGACGAUGUGCUUCUGCAUCGCACGCAUGAUGAGAUUGUCCUCCUGCAUUGCUUCCUCUGGCCCCUGGUGACAUUUGUGGUGGGCGUUCUCAUUGUGGUCCUGACGAUCUGUGCCAAGAGCCUGGCAGUCAAGGCAGAAACCAUGAAGAAGCGCAAGUUCUCUUAGAGGGGAAGAGGCUUGUGGAAAGCAAAGCACAGAAGCUGUAUCCAUCCGCACACAUCUACCUGCAGAGCCUGUUUCCGGCGCAGGAGACAGAGGGGCUCUGAGAGGUCUGUGAGAGGCUCCUCCCUCAACGGCAGCAGCAGCAGGCACAACUGGAAGACUUGGAACCUCACAGAUUGUAGUCUAUGUGUCGUAGCGAUGGUUAAAGGGUCCAGCUCUUAGCUGUAUGGAGUAUCAGUUUCAGAACAUCCGAUAAGAUGUUCAUUUUUUUUUGAAAGUAACAGUAUAUAAUUGUACAGUGUAGUAUACAAAUCAUUAUGAUUUAUGGUAUUUAAAAAUAUUAAAAUAGAGUGGUCUGUGUUCUUUUCUAUUUGCUUUUUUUUUUUUAAUGGUUAGACUACCGGGGUUAAAA